AUGACCUCCACACUGGCACUCAACACACUCGUCUGGCUGAAGCAGCCGGGGUACCCGUGGUGGCCUGGGAUGGUUCUCGACCCCGCCGCGCUUGAGAUGGCGGUUCCCACCGGCUACGAUACCUGCGUGCUAUGUCUGCCGUCGGUAUCGUCGAGUGUGGCCUUCGCCAACAGCAACAACGCGGAGGAGAUCUUGCGGUUUAACCCAGUGUCUGACGCGGCGCUGCUGGAGGCAGGAAAGCAGGAUGCGGACUGCUCGGUCGCAAUAGAGGAGGCCCUGCGCGUCUACGAGCAGCAGCAGGAGGAGAGACAGAAGAAUAAGGUAGCGGAGGAGGAGAAUGGUGCGGCGGCGUGUGGUGUGGACAAUGGGAAGAGCAAGGGGGGCCGCCCCGGAAAGCGCCACCUGCAGACGAAGACCGAUAAGCGAGAAAAGAAGAGGCACAAGCGGCGGGAACGCAGCGAGUCGCCCCCUGCGGAGCGCCACCGUCACAAAAAACGCGGCGGCAGCGACGAGGGCGACAACGACGAGGAUGAGGACGAGGACAUGAGUCUAGACGACGACUCUGAUGACGAGAACGGCAUCAGCAGCGGCAAGCGGGGCAAGCGCGGUGAGAAGAAGUCGCGGCGAAAGGUGUCGUUUGACUUCGACGAUCAGUACGAGGAGGAGGCGCGGCGGGCGCCCAGUCACCAGGAGGACGACUCGGCGUACUUUGAGCGUGUGCUGCGCGAAGGCCGCCAGACGCUCACGGACAACAGGCUUGACAGCAUUCGCCAGCAGCUGGAGGUGCUGGCCGCCGCCUGCACGCGCGGCAGCGGUGUCGUUACCGUUAGCGAGGCGGCGGAGGAACAGCUGCUCGACGCGCUCUCGCCGCUCGCGCGUGUGGACGUCCCGUUCGAGCAACUGCGCCGCACACGCAUCGGCGUCGCGGUGGGGAAAUUCCUCUCGCGCG